ACAGAAGGGAGGCUGGUGAUAGCAAAGUGACAUCUGACAGCAGCCACAGAAGCGACCGGCUCAAGAGAAGAGCUGCCAGCCGCCUCUCCACUGCGUGACGUGACAACCGCUGCCACCACCACCAACUGCUUUUCACCCCAGGACAAGAUGUUCCCGCUGGUGUGGCUGGGAUUUGUGCCAGUGCUUCUCUGUGCCGCUUUGGAGGCAGAACCCAAUGCAGACAGAUACCCAUUGCGGAUGGACUCUGUGACUGGGAUCCUGGAAGAGCUGGAAUCCCAUCUGGAGGGGGCCCCAGACCGGCCUGUGCUGGAGCUCUCCCGAGAACUGGGUUGCCUGAGUGAGUUUUGCCAAUUCUCUCCUGUGCUGGAGACUUCUGUGAGCUUAAAUCUGCCGUACCUGAGCGAGAAGCAAAGAUCUUUCCUCAGACGCUUCCAGAACCACAGAACUGAUGGCACCUGGGUGGAACACGGGGCAGUGCUAACUCCUGAUGGGACCACAGUGGCACUGAGCCCCCUACUUGAUGGGGUGGUUGGAGGGCUCCUCGAGAGGGGGCGAGAGGGGGCAGUGCCUGCCUCUCCUGGACCCCAGGAUCCCUCCAACAGCACUGGCCAAGAGCCCUGCCCCCCUCUGGACCCCCUCCUGGCCCCACUCGCCAAGAGCCUGGCUGUGGCCACCUCCCUCUUCCACGCUGGGCAGAGUGAAGCGCUGCUGGGCCCCAAUGGCUGCUGGGACGACAUCCGGGCCCCUCAGACAUUCACUUUGUUGGGCUCUCCAUCGCCCAUGCCGGACGCUUUCAUCAAUGGGGCAAUGGAUGGGGUGAUCCUGGGCACGUACUUGGCAGAGAAUGCCAGCUCGCCAUUCCGCAUCAGCCGCCUGCUCCGUGAAUAUUAUGCUGGAGGGGGCCUGGCAGGGGAGAGCCACACCCGAAGCAACUUCCGGCGGAAAACCUUUGCUGGCCUGGUGACCCAGGAGAAGCUCAGAGCCCAGGUGGAGAGUGCUCUCUGCCUGCUCCAGCACCUGCAUGGCAGCCACCCCCUCCUCGGGAACAAGACAGCACCUCCCCUCGCCAUCCAGGCAGUAGAAGAGUUCACAGCCUUCUAUGUAGAGUGCCCUGCUAUCAUCCCACGGUGCAUGUGGGGGGCCCAGCCCUACAAAGGAACGCCGACUCCCCUCCAGCUGCCCUUGGGUUUCGUCUACAUCCACCACACCCACAGCCCUGGGAAGCCGUGCCAAACCUUCCCGGAGUGCGCUGCUGACAUGCGCUCCAUGCAGCGCUUCCAUCAGGUUGUCCGCGGCUGGGAUGACAUCGGCUACAGCUUUGUGGUUGGAGGCGACGGGUACAUCUACCAAGGCCGAGGUUGGCAGUGGGUAGGAGCUCACACCCUGGGGCACAACAGCAAAGGCUUCGGCGUCAGUUUCAUCGGGGACUACAUGAAGGCCCUACCAGACCCCUUUGCCCUGGAGCUGGUGAAGGACAACUUCAUGCGGUGUGCCGUGAGGGGCUCCCGCCUGAAGGCCAACUACACGGUCUACGGGCAUCGCCAGGUGGUGCUGCCAACCCUCUGCCCCGGAGACAGGCUCUUCCAAGAGAUAAAGACCUGGAGAGGCUUCAGGGAGAGGUGCUUCAUGAACCAAGGCAUUCCUCACUGCAUUUAAACUACAGCGUGGAGCGCCUGACAUGGCCAGAGUCCUCAUGAACCCACUGUCUAUAAAACUGCUGCCUUGCCCUAAAACCCGGGGCAGCCCCUCAGACACGACAUGAACAAGGGCCUGGAUUCAGAUUUGGAAAAGUCAUGCAACUGUGUUUUUGGAUUUGCAAAUAUGAGAGAAGGAGGAGCACAGGUCCUUGUGGGACAAUGUCUGGGGUGGCCACGAUUGUAACUCCACAACACAAAGAGUGUUUGGGGUCAGGCAGCAUUUUGUCUCCAGGCCAGUUUGGCCAGGAGUCCUGGAGGGGUUUGCCAUCUUCUGGGCAUGGAGCCUGCAGGGCUCACUGUGGGGAGGAGGCACUUGUGAAUUUCAUGCUUUGUGUAGGUAGUGGACUAGAUGAUCCUGGAGGUCCUUUCUAACUCUAUGAUUCCAGCAUUACAAAACAAUGACGUGAAUGGGGUUUUUGUAAUGAAAGCUGGAAAAAAACAGACCAAUUUCUCACUCACCUUACGCCACUCUCACAUUCAUCUUCUCAGAGCAGCUUCCUUCCGACUUCCCACUAGUUGCCCUGGGGCUGCAGCAAGGAGCAGUGUUUUUGUGCAGCAAACAGAAACCGCUAAAAACCAGUUUCCAUUUGCUGCGUGAAAAUGAUGAUCCUUGCUGCAGCCCUGGGGCAGAUCGUGGGAAAUCAGAAGGGAGCGGUGCUGAGAAGACGAACGUAAGAUCAGCAUAAGGUGAGUGAGGAAUCGGUCAGAGUGUUGCACUAAAUCACUGAUUUUAUUUUAAAA